GGUAAAGGCCACUAGACCGGAAUGGCUCUACUGCAGUGGAGAAGAUUCAAUUUCUUUGACAAGGAGACUGUUAAAGAUCCUGAUACUGGCCAGGUGUUUGAUAAACUGAAGGAUGUGAAUGUAUCUGCUUGUGUGAGUGGACAUGGUCAGUUAAUUAUUGGUGACCAUGAAGGGUUUCUGUACCUGGUCAGCAGGCAACUUAAACUUAGUGUGUUUAAGGCCUAUGAGAUCAGAGUGUCUCACCUUUUUCAGCUUCGACAACACAAUCUGUUGGUAUCAGUCGGGGAAGAUGAGCAAGGUGUCAAUCCUCUUAUCAAGGUCUGGAACUUGGACAAGAUUGAGAAAGGUGCCCCUGUGUGUACAAGAAUAACAAGAGCUAUUCCUGGAAAUAAACCUACCCCAGUCACAUGUCUAACUGUCCAUGAGAACCUGGCCUGGAUGGCUGUAGGAUUUGAGAAUGGAAGUGUGGUGCUUUUCAAGGGGGAUGUCACUAAAGACAGACACACCAAAACAAGAAUUGUAUAUGAAAAUCCAAAACCUGUUACUGGAUUGGCAUUCAAGACAUCUGGAUCUAAAACUAUAUUCUUAUUUGUAGUAACAGAAUCUCAGGUUGUUUCUAUAACAAUCUCCGGCAAACAGGAUCAAAAGAGCACGGUUGAACACUUUGGUGCAUCGCUUCAUUGUACAGUGAUGAGUGACCACACUCAAGACCACCAGCUAGUUAUGGGUAGACAGGACGCAGUUUAUUUUUACCAGCCAGAUGGACGAGGUCCCUGUUUGGCGUUUGAAGGGGAAAAGCUUCACCUACAGUGGUUCAGAGGGUAUCUUAUAGUGGUUGGAAAGGAAAACAAAGCUCUUCUUCGUACUGCGGUACUGGGAGGACAGAGCUUGGAGAUGAACAUUGUGACUGUGUACGAUAUCCAGAAUAAAUUUAUUGCUUAUUCAGCACCCUAUCCUGAUGUGAUUGGAGUCAUGUGUGAGUGGGGCAGUGUCUAUCUAUUGGGCGGAGAUAGAAAGCUUUAUCAACUUCAGGAGAAGGAUACUCAGACCAAACUAGAAAUGUUAUUCAAGAAAAACAAUUAUCAAUUAGCCAUCAGCCUUGCUCAAAGUCAACAAUAUGAUGAUGAUGGUCUGAUCGACAUCUUCACACAGUACGGAGACCACCUCUAUAGCAAGGGUGACCAUGACGGAGCAAUUGAUCAAUAUAUCAAAACGAUUGGCAAGCUGGAGGCUUCAUACGUCAUCAGAAAAUUCCUUGAUGCCCAGAGGAUACAUAACCUGACCAAAUAUCUACAAGCAUUACAUAAAGCUCAGCGGGCCACAGAGGAACACACCACACUUCUACUCAACUGUUACACUAAACUCAAGGACGUUAGUAAACUCGACGAGUUCAUUAUGACAAAGGAUCGGGAAGUAGAUUUUGAUGUUGAGACAGCCAUUCGUGUGUGUAGACAGGCGAGCUAUUACACCCAUGCUCUCAUCCUGGCGGAGAAACAUGCUAAACACCCCUGGUACCUACGUGUACAGUUAGAGGACAGUAAGAAUUACCAAAAGGCGCUCGAGUACAUCGGCAAACUGGAGUUUGAUGAGGCUGAGGAAAAUCUGAAAAAAUAUGGCAAAGUACUGAUGUCAGAAGUUCCGCGCCAGACAACCGAGCUACUGAAACGACUGUGUACAGACUAUAGGCCUGCAGAUAAACCAUUGGUGGAUCAGAUGAACAUGGAAGGUGGAGUAGCUAGGAUACAGAAAGCGAGUGCUGAAGAAUUUAUCCACAUCUUUGUUAAUAACUCGCCAAAACUUACAGAGUUCCUGGAGCACAUGAUCAAGGUACAGCCAAACUCCCCGAGUCUACUGUACAACACCUUACUGGAGCUGUAUCUUCACGAAUAUGUACACGAGAGAGACAUUUCUGUAAAAACAGAGAAGGUGAGAAGAACUGAGGAGCUACUAAAGAAUCCGGAUGCACGAUAUGACCUUGACCAGGCCCUUGUUCUAUGUCAGAUGAACAAUUUCAAAGCUGGAAUACUCUACCUGUAUGAAAAGGCUCAUUUAUAUCAGCAAAUUCUUCAGUACCACAUGGAACAUGAUGAUUUUGUCCAUGUAAUUGAUACUUGUAAAAAGUUUGGGGGACAAGACUCCAACCUUUGGGUACAGGCCUUGUCAUACUUUGCCAGGAAAGAAGACAACUGUAAAUCACAGCUGAUGGAGGUCUUGUCUCAUAUUGACAAGAAGAACUUAUUACCUCCCUUGCUGGUAAUACAAAGUCUGGCUCAUAACUCUACAGCGACCUUGUCAGUUGUCAAGGAUUAUAUCAUCAGACGACUUCAGCUGGAGAAUGACCAAAUCGCCGAAGACGAACGACUUAUUAAACAGUACCGUGAGGACACAGAGAAAAAACGAGCUCAGAUUGAGGAGAUGAAAACUACAGCAAAAAUAUUCCAGGCGUCUAAGUGUAACAUAUGUAACCAUCCUCUAGAACUACCCUCUGUACACUUCCUGUGUGAACCUCAUUCCUACCAUCAACAGUAA